AGCUCACUUGUUCCCGUCUUUAAUGUGCAAUCUGUUUUCUCCAGCGGAGGGCACUCAGUGUAUCACAAACUCAAGCAUUAGCACCAACAAGCUCUGAGCAUCAUCAGUCUCUGGAAAGCCUUCUGAAUUAGACAAGGGCUGCCUCUCAGCACAGCUACAAAACACUUUAAACCUGACCAGCUAAAUGGAUAAACCUAGCCUGCAUAGCUUUUAAACUGGGGUCUCACACAGCACAGGAGGCCUACUUGCUUCAAGAACUGAAAAUCCAGAGGAUGAAUUGCUUUAUCUGGAAAUGGCAAAAGCCAGCACAAUAAGGAAUGCCAGGUACUCUGUGAAGAUUUUCUUUCUUUCCUGCCUUUUUACACAGAAGUUGGUUACCUCCGAGAUGGGCUGUAGCUCUUUUGCACAGAUUGCCAAUUAACUGCUGAUGGGUCUCUGGUGAAUUACACAAUGGUCCUCAGAGCCUAGAAACCAUCCCCCACCCCUAUCCCCCCCCCAACAGCUUCCUUUUCCCUGCCCCCUCAUCCCAAUCCGCGCUGAUUUUUUUUUAAAUAUAUAUGUAUAUAUUAUUUUUGCCUGUCGUCUCCGGGGAAGUUUGUGUGGGGCUACUAGCUCUCAUGCGGGAUCAGAAUGGUGUGAAUGACAGCCGCACUGUGUCAUGAAGGUGGUGGUGGUUUCGGCACGAGAGACCAAAUAAGAAGAAAGCUGAGAGAGGGGGGAAACGUUUUGGAUGACAAAGGAUGGGUUUCCAUUUAAUUACGCAGCUGAAAGGCAUGAGUGUGGUGCUGGUGCUACUUCCUACGCUGCUGCUUGUCAUGCUCACGGGGGCUCAGAGAGCUUGCCCAAAGAACUGCAGAUGUGAUGGCAAAAUUGUGUACUGUGAGUCUCAUGCUUUUGCAGAUAUCCCUGAGAAUAUUUCUGGCGGGUCACAAGGCUUAUCACUGAGGUUCAACAGCAUUCAGAAGCUCAAAUCCAAUCAGUUUGCUGGCCUUAACCAGCUUAUAUGGCUUUAUCUUGACCAUAAUUACAUUAGCUCUGUGGAUGAAGAUGCAUUUCAAGGGAUCCGUAGACUGAAAGAAUUAAUUCUAAGCUCCAACAAAAUUACCUAUCUGCACAAUAAAACAUUUCACCCAGUCCCCAAUCUCCGCAAUCUGGACCUCUCCUACAAUAAGCUACAGACAUUGCAAUCGGAACAAUUUAAAGGCCUUCGGAAACUCAUCAUUUUGCACUUGAGGUCUAACUCACUUAAGACUGUGCCAAUUAGAGUUUUUCAAGACUGUCGGAAUCUUGAUUUUCUGGAUUUGGGUUACAAUCGUCUUCGAAGCUUGUCCCGAAAUGCAUUUGCUGGCCUUUUGAAGUUGAAGGAGCUCCACUUGGAGCACAACCAGUUUUCCAAGAUCAACUUUGCUCAUUUCCCACGUCUCUUCAACCUCCGCUCAAUUUACUUACAGUGGAACAGGAUUCGCUCCAUUAGCCAAGGCUUGACAUGGACAUGGAGUUCCUUACAUAACUUGGAUUUAUCAGGGAAUGAUAUCCAAGGGAUCGAACCAGGCACAUUUAAAUGCCUCCCCAAUUUGCAAAAAUUGAAUUUGGAUUCCAACAAACUCACCAACAUCUCACAGGAAACUGUCAACACGUGGAUAUCAUUAAUAUCCAUUACCUUGUCUGGAAAUAUGUGGGAAUGCACUCGGAGCAUUUGUCCUUUGUUUUAUUGGCUUAAGAAUUUCAAAGGAAAUAAGGAAAGCACCAUGAUAUGUGCAGGACCUAAGCACAUCCAAGGUGAAAAGGUUAGUGAUGCAGUGGAAACAUAUAAUAUCUGUUCGGAUGUCCAGGUGGUUAACACAGAAAAAUCACACCUGGUGCCCCAAACUCCCCAGAAACCUCUGAGUAUCCCUAAGCCUACCACCUUCAGAUCUGAUGUCACCCAACCCACCCUAGAAACACCAAGCCCUUCCCCAGGGUUUCAGCUUCCUGGCACAGAGCAAGAGUAUGAGCAUGUUUCAUUUCACAAAAUUAUUGCAGGGAGUGUGGCUCUCUUUCUGUCAGUGGCCAUGAUCCUCUUGGUAAUCUAUGUGUCGUGGAAACGCUAUCCAGCCAGCAUGAAGCAACUCCAGCAACACUCUCUUAUGAAGAGGCGGCGGAAAAAGGCCAGAGAGUCUGAAAGACAAAUGAAUUCGCCUUUACAGGAGUAUUAUGUGGACUACAAGCCUACAAACUCUGAGACCAUGGAUAUAUCGGUAAACGGAUCUGGGCCCUGCACAUAUACCAUCUCUGGCUCCAGGGAAUGUGAGGUAUGAACCAUGAUCAUCCUAAAAGCGUUUCUACUACAGGGAAGGAGAGGUAAAUGUUUGAAGCUCUAGAGGUGUCUCUAAUCACUAGAAAGAUUAAUGACCCUUUUGCUUUUGGGUUUUGCUCAGUGUGAAAGGUUACUUAAUUAAAUUACAACCACCAGGAAAUUGACUGCCUUUUUUUUUUAAAAUGGUUGAAACUUGAAGGAAGUUCAUUCAAGGAUGAGAUUAAGUUGGAAUAAAAUACUAUGUUAAAACACCUGGUUUUUUUUUAACCAUUUAUGUACAGGGGUUGGACUUAAGAACUCAGAUACACACAACUGUUUUCAUUCUGAAAUUUAUGUCUGGUUCUUGGUGUUUGAGUGUUGUAAUGAAGUGAAAAAGGAGGGAACAGCUUAUUUUAAAAACAGAGUGAGUUUACCAAAAUUCCAGGAAAUAACAAUGAUUUAAACCAAAGAGCAAUUUACACAAGGGUUGAUUUAAUUGUAAAUUUUUCAUUUUGAUUAAAGCAUGCAACAGGGAACUCACAACAGUGUUACUUGCCAUUAGUUAUUUUACCAGCACAGAGAAUGACAGAGUCCAUCAGGAUUUUAAGACACCUUUCUUUCUUUUUCUCUUUCCUUCUCUGGCCAUACGCUCUCUCUCCAUUCAUAUAUAUAUAUAUAUAUAUUACUGGGACAUAGAUCACUUUUCAAAGGUUUUCAAAGUGCUGGUUAUUAACUGUAAUUAGAAUGAAACAACUUCCAUGUUUUGGUUUUGUCCAUGGUAACCAAUAUCAGGUCAUGUUAUUGUGGAUGAAUUAGCAAUAAAAAAAUGACAGGCAUAACAGGGACUGCUUGUUAGUGUUGCUCUCAUCCCCAAAAGAAAUUAUGUGUAUUCUUGUUAAACCUAUCAAAAGCUAAGUGAUGCAAAUAUUUAUAAAUAAAAGGAGCAAGUUUGAAGUUCUGGAUAGUCUCCCUUUCUGUAACAGCAUCAAAUGAAGGUAUGGAUUUCAUGUUUAACUCUUUUUGUUUACACGAGAAUGAGUGUGGGCC